AAUGUUUGCAUACAGUGAGGGUAACACAGCAUAUCAUCGAUUACCAGCAAGCCACAAUAGUUGUGAAAAGUGAGAGAGAAACUUGUCACAGGGAAAGAGCUGACAGGAAAAGCGCAAGUAUCGUACUCUAGUGUUACGCGAUCGUUCCUCUUACGAAAUGAUUGUUUAUCGUUGAUUGUGUAAAUGAAAACCACACUUAUGAAUGGAAAGAGAAAGAGAAGCUGAUCCUGUCCUUCCAAGAAGCAACAUAGCAUUCGUUGAAAAUGUUCCACGCCGUAUAAUAUUCGUCAUUGCCUUCUUGCAUUGGAGGGGGCCAAUUCAUCCUCCUUUGUGUCCUGUAAUUCCCAUUUCUCGGUCAUUGACAAGAAACCGACGUGAUGGAAGACCGCAGUGUUUCUUCCGCCUCCAACGAGGAUAUCCUGCCUUGCCCUGUUCAGGAAGAGGAUCGGGAACCUCUGUUGAGAUCUCAAGAGAAUACUAGGAGAGCCACAAUGUUACACAGGAAGCCUUUAGUGGACGUGCUGGCCGCCCUCUUCGGCGUCGGCGCGUGGGUGGCUGUGAAUGGACUGUGGGUCGAGCUGCCCUUGCUGGUGACAGAUCUCCCUGAGGGAUGGAACUUACCGUCCUAUCUCUCCGUUAUUAUUCAGAUCGCCAACAUCGGUCCCAUCGCUUACUCCCUGCUGAGCGCCUUCCGGCCAAGCCUGCGGCCCGCCAGCGUCAUCUACGGCGUGCUGGUGAUCGGCUGCCUGUCUUCGCUGCUCCUGUGUGUGCUGUGGCAGGAGACGACGUGGGUCGGAGGCGCGGAGCAUUCCACGGCGCUGCUCGCGCUGGUGUUCCUCCUGUCGCUGGUGGAUUGCACGUCGUCGGUCUUGUACAUGCCGUACAUGGCCGUCUGGAGAGGGAUCUACCUGCCCUCGUACCUCGUCGGCGAAGGCCUUUCGGGGCUCCUGCCGGCGCUCGUAGCCCUGGCCCAGGGCGUGGGGGGUAACUCCGAGUGCAUUAACGUCACCAACCCCGACAACACGACGUCCUUGCAGCCCGCGCCGCUCCAGCCCCUCUUCAGCGUGACGGACUUCUUCUUCAUCCUCUUCGGCAUGAUGGUGGCCAGCGCCCUCGCCUUCAUCCUCCUGGAGAAGCUGCCGAGCAUCCGGAGCGAGCGCACCUCGCUGCCCGGCCCCACCUACGGCGAGUCGGCCAUGGAGGCCUCGCGCUCCAACACCCAGCUGGUGGGGCGCGAGACCACGCCCUCGCCCAAGGCCGAGCCGCACUGCAUGAGCAAGCGGAUGUACGCCGUCAUGCUCCUGGGCCAGGGGUGGGCGUGCAUGCUGACCAACGGCGUGCUGCCCUCCAUCCAGUCCUACUCGUGCGGCGCCUACGGCAACGUGGCCUACCACCUGGCGGCGAGCCUCUCUGCCCUGGCCAAUCCCUCGGCCGCCCUUCUGACGCUGGUGCUGCCGCGGGCGAGGUCCUGGAUCUUAGGCCUACUUGGCACGCUGGGCUCGCUCGUGGCCGCCUACAUCCUGGCCACCGCCGCCCUCAGCCCCCAGCCCCCCCUGAUGGGCACGACGGCGGGGGAGGCACUCGUGGUGCUGGCGUGGGUGGUCUUCACGUUCAUCAUGACCUACGUCCGAGUGGAGAUCGCCAACCUGAUGCGGGAACAAGGUGCUCGAGCUCUCUUCUGGUGCGGCGCCGUCACCCAAGCCGGCUCAGCUGUGGGUGCCGUCACCACCUUCGUCCUGGUCAACGUCUACAAUCUCUUCACACCUUAUUAUCCCUGUUCGUAGUCGUUGCUUGAAGAGGAGAUGGGACUGGCUAAGUAGUCUUGGGGGACUUCGGACACACAGAUUAUAACACUGAAUAUAUUGUCAUUGUGUUACUGGUGUCGAACUCUUAGGGUAAGACUGUUUUGUUUGUAUAAGACUGUUUUGAUUGUAAUAUAUUUUGACGAUAUAGGGGAAGAUCCGCCAAAUGUGUGUAUAUAGUAUAUAUUUUGCCAUUUAUCAAUUCUUGUAGAGAAUAUAUAUAUAUAUGUUGUCAUUGUUACAAUUUUCUACGUAUAUUAUGAUAAUAAAGUCACGUUUAUAUUUUUUAGUUAUUAUAAGCCCAUAUAUAGGUUUUAUGUAUGAAUUAUAUUUAACCCGAAUAUAUAUUGUUCUCAUCUAAUAUGUAGAGCAAAGAAUAAUUGGAUCUUUAAGCCCAAACCCCAUAUUUUAAGGAAAUAAUGCUGAUUUCUCUUAAUGUACUCUCUUGGCAUUUUUAUGAUGUAUCUUCAAUGAUGAUUCUUUUUUAUUUGACUCGAGAAACAGUGUGUUUCCUUUCAUGUUAAGAUACACCUACCUACCUAACAGCAUAUGAUUAUAAUAUCUUAUGUAUAUGCAUUACUGUAUGUAUGUUUCAUCAUAUAUUUAUAUCAGUACUGUAUACUCCAGUAUUUUAUGUAUGUAGAAGUAAAUUCAAUAAUUGUUAAGUUGUGAAUAUAUAGGUUACAGAAAUAUAUGAAUAAUUACUUGCGAUACAGUAAUUUCAGAAUUAGAACUGAGUAUUGUGUUCAAGAUUAAAUGUCUUCAAAGAAAUGUUAUUAGUUUCUGCGUGGAUUUGCAUCAAUGAUGUAAGCUGCAGGCAGCACAUCACCCGUGAAAUAUAUUAUCACGAAUA